AGGUUGCGGUCUCAUUGGAUGGCGAUGUGGGCGGAUUUGCGCUGACGUUGUCCAUACUCGGGAUUAACUUGUUUUUAUGUCGCCAUAUCUGUCACAUUUUGCACCGGAGAGCCCGCUCAACUGCGGAUGGACAUCGCGUGCUAGUUGGGCGUCUUCUAACCCUUAAAUUAGCCGUGUGUGUUGUGCACAAAACUGUUGAUAGGUUGCCGGGCAGGCGCGUAGUUCAAUUUGAGGUGCCUGGAUGAGGAGCAGACGUCGCACGGGGCUGACGGUGCUGCUGUCCUGUCACACUGAUGGGGGCCGACGGUAGUAAAAACAAGAAGAGGGCCGCUGAAGGGCAGGAAGAUGAGGACUUCUCAUCUGGAUGGCGUGGCUUCCUCUCCAGCAUGGGUCUGUCUAUCCCAGCAGGCCUAUGUCGCCUGGCCCCACCCGCCCUGCGGCUGGGCCAGCAUCGAAUGCUCCAAGGCAAGGCCCCCGACAUCCCGGAGCACGUGCUCAGGCUGGCGGGAGUCGGCCCGGGCAAGCUGAGAGCGGAGUGGAGCCUGCCGGGGUUCAUUACCAUGUUCCUGCCCGAAUUCCCCCACAGAACUGUGCCCGGGCACGAACACUUUCAGGUGUUGAGUUACAUCGCCAAAGGUUCGUUUGGACCCAUUCUGAAAGUGAAGGACAAGACCAAGCAGAAAACGUAUGCUGUCAAAGUUAUACCUAAAUCAGAGAUUCUAAGACUCGGGGUGUUGGAGCAGUCAAAAGAAGAAGUUAUUGUCCAGCGUCAGGUUCGCCACCCAUUUGUCCAUGACCUCCAGGACUGCUGGCAGACUCAGCGCCACCUCUACAUUAUGUGUGACUACUGCAGCACAGGAGACCUGUACACCUACUGGCAGAUGAUUGGUCAGUUCCCAGAGGACACAGUGCGAGUGUUUGCAGCAGAGUUGGGAUGUGCACUCGGUUUCCUGCACGACUUUGGGAUCAUUCACAGAGACGUGAAGAUGGAGAAUAUCCUGCUUACAGACAAUGGACACCUCCGCUUAGCUGACUUUGGUUUGUCCCGUCGCCUGGAGAGAGGAGGAAGAGCUUUUACCAUUUGUGGAACCAUCCAAUAUAUGGCCCCAGAGGUGCUCAGUGGCGGACCCUACAACCAUGCAGCCGAUUGGUGGUCGCUGGGAAUCCUGCUUUUUUCAUUGGUUACUGGGAAGUUCCCCAUGCCUCCAGAGCCAGACCACUGCAGUAUGCUGAGGAAAGUGAGGAGUUUUCCCUAUGAAAUGCCCCUCAGCCUCAGCUCCCCACUGGCCUUGUUAAUAACGGAGCUUUUGUGCAAAACUCCGACCCGCCGCCUGAGGACCCUCGAGCGUUUCAAACGCCAAACCUUCUUCCGUGGAACAACUUUUGACCUCGCCCUACUGCAGCGCCAGCCUGUGGAGGUAACCGACGAAUGUAGCCAGUUUGGUUGUUCAAACGUGAGUCCGAUUGGGAUUUUAGGAAAAGCAAAGUGUUUUUUCUGUUGUUGUUGUCACUGUUCAGGUGAUUCUGGAGCUGAGAGAGAGACCAGACCGAGCUGCCAAAGCUCGACGAGGCCUCACUUUGUCUCUGCAGCCUCUCAAAGGUUUCGACUACGACUCGUUCCUCAGCCCUCCGUCCACGCCGGACACACAGCUGGAUGCCGACACACAAACCCACACAGCUGCACCGCUCCCCGGCCCGGCACUCCCUCUAAAACCUGCUCAGGAAAAAGGCUUACGUAGAGAAGUGUUUGUGUGACGGAGUUUACAGUAUGGUUUCCAACACCCUAAAGCAAUGGCCUCCAUGUAUGUAUUUUCUGCACACUUAUUCACCCUUACAGGUGUGGGGCACCAUGUCAAAUGUUUUAUUUAGUAAAAGCCAAAACAGCUGAUUAUUUAAUUUGACCUAUAGUUUAGAAGAGAAUGAUGUAUUGGAGUAACAUUUGAGAACUUUCCCUCUUGUAUUGGCAAGUUUAUGUUUUUUGUGACGUGCUGAACACUUUUUUAAAUUUUUUACUCAUUUGCCUUUCUCCAAUGAGCACCUUUUCAAGCCUACUGGAUUUGUUCAACAGUUGUGCAAGAAAGAUUGCACUGCUGUUGUCCAUGUACUUUCAACUUGUGACUGGUCAUGGCUGCCCUGUUAAUACUUUGCUAUCAAAUUCACGUCACAUGGAAAAGUCAUGCUGGUUGAAGACAAUGCACAGAUUUAUUUUCUUUUUCUUCAAGUUUUAUGUAGUUAAGUAAUAAUCAAUUCAAAAGUCCUCAGCAAAAUGAGUUAUUUAUGAACUUCUGCCUUUAUUUUCUUGUUGCAUGAUUAUAAAACUUUUGGCAAAAGUGGAUGAAAGAAACUCCUUGCCACGUCUUCUAAGUGAUUAUGCUGUGAUUCUGUAUCUUUAUUAGUGCUGGGAUAUAACCUCUCCCUAACUUGACCUUUACUGCCUAAAUUCUGUAGCAGCAGAAUGGUCUCUCCUCCUGUACUAUCUAAAGUCAUGCAAGCAUCACAACAUCAGAUAAAGAUGUGAACGCCUUCAACGUCUGCGUUAGUUUGAUUCAUUCAUAACUCAGGGGAGCACUCGCCAGUUGUCCCAGGUAAGCCUUGACUUUCACUUCAAGAUGGCACCCGUCUGUACAGAUAUGAUCUAAGACUGUAUGAACAACAGUACUGUUUACCUCCAGUUAACAUUUUGAUAGACACAGGACUUUUUCUAUUGUGUAAGGCUGCCGUAACCAGCCAGUAAUCACACCUUCAUGCACUUACCCGAUCAUCAGAUUAUAUUAUGAUUUUGUAAAGUAUGCCCUGAUGUGUAGCUACCCAGAAUGCCUCACAUGUAUGAUCCUGAGCUUGCUUUUUACUGUCACCAAAAAAAUGCAUAUUUAUAUAAUCAUAUUUAUAAAUUGUAUGGAUGCUAUUUGAUGUUAUAUGUUAUGGUACUUUGUAUUUUUGUAAUUACCAUGUAGCACAGAUGGGAUAUUAAACUCUUACUAAACAGCGACCUGCUGAUUUGGAUGUUUUUGUUUGUGUGAGAUGGCUUGAAGAAAGAGUCAUUGCUUCACUUUUGCUAUCAGUUACGCCACAUUGUUUUUGCAGAAGUAUUGCAUGUGUUUGGUUAAGAAAAGACAUUGUGUACAGUAUCCUGCAGUGAACGUUUACUAAAGUGUGCUUUAGUGCAAUUUAUAAUGUAUACUUUAAUUUCACUACAUUUCAGAAGGUAGCAUUGUACUUUUUACUUCCCUACAUUUAUUUCAAGCUUUAUUCAUCUAUUUUUUUAAUCAACAUAUAAAAUAUGAGGCCUUUUUAUACAGCACAUUAAACUAUCCAACAGUACAUAAAGUCAUUAUUUAUUGUUUAUUUUACCUUGAUAAAUGCUUUAACAUUAAACUGCAGUAUUUUUCACUUUUGUCAUUCUGUAAUAAAUGGGUGUAAUUAGUUUUUUCUCCCAUGGAGCAUAGAUGGUUGACAAGUCAAUAUUAGGGGGGUGUUCUCUAAAGUGAGAAUUUGGUAAAAG